AUGGAUGAAUUUGCUAAUAAAGUUCAAGAUGACUUUUAUGCUGCAGAGUCAGCUUUUGAAAAACCCUACUCACUCCAAGGGUUCUCAACAAAAGAAAAUGAUGUGCAAGAAGAGGAGCUAUCCCUGCAAGCUUUAACGGAAAUAGAUUAUCGCCUAGCCUAUUUUUCUGAGAAGUUGCUGAACUUGCAUUUGCUUUAUAUUUAUCUAUUGGCUGAGGAAAGUGAUCUUGAAGUAAUGGAUUCAAAGAAUAACUGCAUCUUGGCACACUUAUUUGAGAAGGCAAUGACAUUUGAUCUAUUGUCUGGCAUUUUGGAUUCUGAGGUAAGAGAGCUGGAGAGUUUCAUGGACACUCUCAAAGAAGAAAUUGUUGAUGCUCGUCAUAAAAUAUUUUCAUGCAGACAUUUGACUGAGGUUUUCCUUAUGAUGGACAAAAAAUUGCAUGACUCUGAAGAGUCUGUGAAGCAGUUUGAACAGCAGUUAUUGGAGUUGAAAAUGCAAUCAUCCCAGUUACAGAAAACCAUUGAGGCUUAUCGAAAUGAGAAUUGCGAAACAUGGAAGGCCUUGAAUUUAUCAGGACAUGGUCAACUUUUAGAUGUGAAAGCAAAAUCCGAUGAUCAGAUGGUUGAACAACGAAGAUAUAUUCUGCGAAUGCUUGAGAAAUCACUAGUGAGGGAGCUAGACCUUGAAAGGAAGUUAGCAGAGUCAAGGAAUAAUGAGGAGCUAAAAUUGAAACUCCGUUACUCAGAACAAGUGGCAUAUUAUAUGGAAGAAGCAGCAAAAGUAGUUUGGGGAAGAUUUCUAGAGGCAGACAAUACUGCAGAGGUGUUGAUGGGGAUUUCUAAAGGUAUAAUGGGACGCCUUCAAGUAACAGAGUUCAACCGCAAUGGUUCUAUGCAACGAGAAAAUGAGCUGAGAUUAACUGUUCAAAAUUUGAUGGAGCAACUCAAGGCUAAAGAUGCUGCAUUAGAGAAGCUUGAGACAUGUAAUGUUGAGAGUACCAAGGAAAAGAAUGAUGUGUUGGCUUUGAGGGAAAAGGUGAAGUUUCUUGAGAAAGAGAGAAAGGAUUUUGAGCUUCGGAUUAAUAAUGUGAUUGCAGAGAAUGAAGCAUAUCAUGAACAUCAUAUUGAAAUGGAAAAUUUCGUUGAAUCCCUCAGAGAAAACAUUGACAUUGCAGUAAAUCGGGCUGAGAGUGCAGAAGCCAAGGUUACACAGCUAACUGAGACCAACUUGGAACUUACUGAAGAGCUGAAUUUUCUUAAAGGGAGUGCUAGCGCUGCAGAGAAAAAGGUUGGUUCACUUGAGAAGCAACUUAGGGAAUUAGAUAUCCAACUACAGAAUGCAAAGGCGUCUUCUGAAGCAAGUCAAGAACAGCAGAACAUGUUAUACACAGCUAUAUGGGAUAUGGAAAUAUUAAUUGAAGAGCUGAAGUCAAAGGUUUCGAAAGCUGAAAGUAAUAAGGAUUGUGCUGCUGAGCAAUGCUUUGUGCUAUCUGAAACAAACUUAGAACUUAAUAAAGAAUUGGAUCUCCUUAGGUCCAGAACAAUAAGCUUAAAAACAUCUUUGGAUCAAGCUAGCAAUACAAAAUUUUCUAGGGCAAAAGAAAUUGAUACUAAAACCAAGCUUAUCAUGGAUAUGGUAAUGCAACUGUCCUCUGAACGGGAGCGGAUCAAUAAUCAGUUACAUUCUUUAAAACAGGAAAAUAAAAAUUUGGUACAAAAGUUGAAGAAUACUAAAAUUGAUGGCUCUUUAGAUGCAUGCAACAAUGGACUAAAUAACAGAAAUGAAGAUCAAGCUUCCAACAAUGACUCAAGCAAUGAUAGCUGUGCUAAAUCGUCAGAUGAAGAAGGAAUAUAUCACUAUAAUGCGGCCUUUCAGGUGGAUGAAGAAGGUGCAAACUCCGAAACUCGAGCAGCAGCAUCUAUUUCAGCAGAUAAGCCUGCAAAUUGGAGAAAGAUGACAUUUCUUUCAGUAGUGUUUUUGGUCCCUCUGGUUUCUGUGUUAGCAUUCUGGUUGUUUGACAAAGGAAACAUUUUCCUUUCCAAGAGCUUAUGA